AUGUUCCGACAAGUGGCAGGUCGGCGUGCGCUGUCCAUGUGGCCGCGCAGGACUGCCGCCGCCGUAUCUUCUGGGGAGCACGUCGCUAUUCACAAGGUCAGGUUCCAGCCGCGGCGGGACCACAUCAGAAAGUUCUUCGUGUACACCAGUACCGCCCUCGUCUGCUGGUACACCUGGACCACAGUAAUCAAUCUGCCCUUGAAGCACUUGGACAUGAAAGACCUACCCGAAGUCGAUGAGGAGGAGGAGGAAGACCCUUUAUUCAUCCCGUUUCCCUUCACCGAUAAGCAGGUCCAACCGCCACCAUACGCUGGGAAAGAGGAGGAGUGGCAGAGCUUUGUUGCAUUCAACAACGACCGCGAGCAUAGAAAUCGGGCCAAGCACGACCUAGCAAUGUUGGUGAAGAAGACCGCUGAGAACAAUGCUCACAUUAAGAGGUGGGGCAAGCAGGGCAUGGAACUGAAGUUGGGGCCGAACUGGUUGAUCAUAACUUAUCCAGACAGGCCUCCGCCCGAAUAUGUACGGACAGGCAUCGAAAUUAGCGACGACGCCAUCUCGAUCAAGACUCAGAAGGUUGACACGAGAACGAAGACUUUGGUCGACCGCGUCUUGAAGCCAUACCCCUUGGCGACCUCAUCAUACGCCUUCAUCAAGGCAUUUUUCAAGCAAAGCACAUCCGACGUCGUCAAGCUUUUUGGCUAUUCUGAAAGUCACGAUAUCUCCACAUCAAGCCCCGACCCCGAAAUCGCGAAGACUCUCAAGCGCCUGGAGGCCCGGCAAAUUGCCGAGGGAGGCGCUGCGGCGGGUUCAUCACCUUCUGCGACCUCCUCUACGUCCAAGACUCAUCCCGAAGUGGCUUCCUCUCAAAAGUCCGCAUUUCCUGAUGCGCCGCCUGCUCAGAACCCUGCUUCUGCCAAAAGCCCCGAUCAGUCAAACAGGGAACAGGACAAGAGUCCUGUCGCCAAAGAAGCCAUCCUUGCAUACCCCGAACUUGUGAACAAGAGCCAGGGCCCAACGGCUGCUUUUGCCCAACAAUGGAGGCGAGCGUGGAGGCCUCUGAAAUACUACCCCCCGCGGGGAUGCGUAGCCAUCCAUGGGAUGGUGGCAUUAGAAUCAUCCAAGGGCCGUGUAUACAUCGACGUGUCGGCAUGGUACAAUCCCAAAAAGAGAGAGUUCCACCAAGAGUCUAUGCAGCUGGGCUUGAAGGCGAUCAGCCCUAACACUCAGAGCCCGAGGCGGUAA